AUGCUUAGUGCCAACUGCCACAAGCUACCUGUGCUAGCUUCUCAGUCCUCAGCCUUCAUCGUCCGUAAGUCCCUAGCACUAGGUCCUCAGUCCUCAGCCUUCAUCGUCCUUAAGUCCCUAGCACUAGGUCCUCAGUCCUCAGCCUUCAUAGGCCCUCAGUCCCUAGCACUAGGUCCUCAGUCCUCAGCCUAUGAAGGCUCUCAGUCCCUAGCACUAGGUCCUCAGUCCUCAGCCUUCAUAGGCCCUCAGUCCCUAGCACUAGGUCCUCAGUCCUCAGCCUUCAUAGGCCCUCAGUCCCUAGCACUAGGUCCUCAGUCCUCAGCCUUCAUCGACUCUCAGUCCCUAGCACUAGGUCCUCAGUCCUCAGCCUUCAUAGGCCCUCAGUCCCUAGCACUAGGUCCUCAGUCCUCAGCCUUCAUAGGCCCUCAGUCCCUAGCACUAGGUCCUCAGUCCUCAGCCUUCAUCGGCUCUCAGUCCAUAGCACUAGGUCCUCAGUCCUCAGCCUUUAUAGGCCCUCAGUCCCUAGCACUAGGUCCUCAGUCCUCAGCCUUCAUAGGCCCUCAGUCCCUAGCACUAGGUCCUCAGUCCUCAGCCUUCAUCGGCUCUCAGUCCAUAGCACUAGGUCCUCAGUCCUCAGCCUUCAUAGGCCCUCAGUCCCUAGCACUAGGUCCUCAGUCCUCAGCCUUCAUAGGCCCUCAGUCCCUAGCACUAGGUCCUCAGUCCUCAGCCUUCAUCGACUCUCAGUCCCUAGCACUAGGUCCUCAGUCCUCAGCCUUCAUAGGCCCUCAGUCCCUAGCACUAGGUCCUCAGUCCUCAGCCUUCAUAGGCCCUCAGUCCCUAGCACUAGGUCCUCAGUCCUCAGCCUUCAUCGGCUCUCAGUCCAUAGCACUAGGUCCUCAGUCCUCAGCCUUUAUAGGCCCUCAGUCCCUAGCACUAGGUCCUCAGUCCUCAGCCUUCAUAGGCCCUCAGUCCCUAGCACUAGGUCCUCAGUCCUCAGCCUUCAUCGGCUCUCAGUCCAUAGCACUAGGUCCUCAGUCCUCAGCCUUCAUAGGCCCUCAGUCCCUAGCACUAGGUCCUCAGUCCUCAGCCUUCAUCGGCUCUCAGUCCAUAGCACUAGGUCCUCAGUCCUCAGCCUUCAUCGGCCCUCAGUCCCUAGCACUAGGUCCUCAGUCCUCAGCCUUCAUAGGCCCUCAGUCCCUAGCACUAGGUCCUCAGUCCUCAGCCUUCAUCGGCUCUCAGUCCAUAGCACUAGGUCCUCAGUCCUCAGCCUUCAUAGGCCCUCAGUCCCUAGCACUAGGUCCUCAGUCCUCAGCCUUCAUCGGCUCUCAGUCCAUAGCACUAGGUCCUCAGUCCUCAGCCUUUAUAGGCCCUCAGUCCCUAGCACUAGGUCCUCAGUCCUCAGCCUUCAUAGGCCCUCAGUCCCUAGCACUAGGUCCUCAGUCCUCAGCCUUCAUCGGCUCUCAGUCCAUAGCACUAGGUCCUCAGUCCUCAGCCUUCAUAGGCUCUCAGUCUCUAGCACUAGGUCCUCAGUCCACAGCCCUCAAAUUAGUCAUCAGGCUCCUACUCGGCUAG